CUUUUGGACUCUGAGGAUCUCCAGGGAUCUUGUAGAAGGUGAGGGGUCCCUGUUACGUGACUGGAGCCUAUGGAAGCAUUAGUGGCUUUCAAGAUAGUCCUGAGUACAAUGCCAGCUCCCUUGCCAACUAUCAGUUGUGCAACUUUGGGCAAGGUGAUUUUGUUCUCUGAUCCUCAGUUUCUUCAUGUGUGAAAUGUAAACAGGAUUACCUUCAAAGGUUGUUUUGAUGAUUCAGUGCAAAAAUGUAUGUUAAGUACUCAUCAAGGACCCUGAACAAGUGCUAGCUGUUAACUGUAUUAUUAUUGGAAAGACACUGUGCAGGUAAGAGAGACAUCUCCAGAGGCAAACUGGUAUAGCAGAAAGGCUUUGGAGUGAAGACUUAAAUCUGUGUUCUGGAACUAACCAGCUAUGUGGUCUUGGACAAGUUACUUAACCUCCCUGAAUAUCAAAUUUUUUCAACUGUCAAAUGUGAAUAGUACUAGAAUCUGCCUCAUAGAGAAGUCAAAAAAAUUAAAUGAGAUAAUGCAUAAAAAGUGCCUAACACAGUUCCUGGCACAUAAAAGAUGCUCAAUAAAUCAGAGUGAUGACAAGGCAGAGGAAGAGGAUAGUGAGACGGUGAGUGUGUAUGCCCUUCCAGUGACCAUGUGUCUCCGUGUCGUAUGCAUGUGAGAAUGUAUGUGAUAUGGAGGUACUUGUGUCUGUGAACUGGUUGUGUGGAGGUUAUGGAUUAUCUGUGGGUGAGAAUGAGUGUACAUCUGUAUGUAGUGUCAGCCACUUGCUUCUGGCCUCCCUUUGCCCCCGUGGUUCAGAACCUGAAGUCAGCAAGGGGUGCCAGAUGGAGUUUGGACUACUCCCAACUUUUUUUCUUCUGGAUGCUUCUCUGCUGCCUGCCCCAGUCUCCUGUUCUUACAGUGGGGUUGUGCAUAUAGAACAGGCUGAGUUGGAGUAAGGCUUGUGGCUUCUCUGUGACCUCUGAUUUGUGCCCUUUGCCCUUCUAGAAUUCAGCCUUGUCACAUCAUCCGCCCCCUUGGUUUUGGAAGUCUCAGAAAGAGUUUGGUCUGGAGGAGGAGGACAUUGAUGUGCUCGGUGUGCGGCCAGUGGUGAAGAGAUGGCCGUUCCUGUCCCAUGGGCCUGCUGUGCUGUGCUUGCUGCCGCUACUGCCGUUGUCUACGCCCAGAGACACAGUCCUCAGGAGGCACCCCACGUGCAGUACGAGCGCCUGGGCUCAGACGUGACUUUGCCAUGUGGGACAGCCAACUGGGAUGCAGCUGUGACGUGGCGGGUAAACGGGACAGACCUGACCCCUGACCUGCUCAAUGGCUCUCAGCUCGUGCUCCGUGGCCUGGAACUGGGCCACAGUGGCCUCUACGCCUGCUUCCAUCGUGACUCCUGGCACCUGCACCACCAAGUCAUUCUACAUGUGGGCUUGCCACCACGGGAGCCCGUGCUCAGCUGCCGCUCCAACACUUACCCCAAGGGCUUCUACUGCAGCUGGCAUCUGCCUGCCCCCACCUACAUCCCCAACACCUUCAAUGUGACUGUGAUGCACGGCUCCAAAAUUAUGGUCUGUGAGAAGGACCCAGCCCUCAAGAACCGCUGCCACAUCCGCUACAUGCACCUGUUCUCCACCAUCAAGUACAAGGUCUCGAUAAGUGUCAGCAAUGCCCUGGGCCACAACGCCACAGCUAUCACCUUCGACGAGUUCACCAUUGUGAAGCCUGAUCCUCCAGAAAACGUGGUAGCCCGGCCGGUGCCCAGCAACCCUCGCCGGCUAGAGGUGACAUGGCAGACUCCCUCAACCUGGCCCGACCCUGACUCCUUUCCUCUCAAGUUCUUUCUGCGCUACCGACCCCUUAUCCUGGAUCAGUGGCAGCAUGUGGAGCUGUCCGAUGGCACAGCACACACCAUCACGGAUGCCUAUGCUGGGAAGGAGUACAUCAUCCAGGUGGCGGCCAAGGACAAUGAGAUUGGGACAUGGAGCGACUGGAGCGUGGCUGCCCAUGCCACACCCUGGACUGAGGAGCCGCGACACCUCACCACAGAGGCACAGGCUCCUGAGACCACGACCAGCACCACCAGCUCACUGGCACCCCCGCCCACCACGAAGAUCUGUGACCCUGGGGAGCUGGGCAGCGGCGGAAGACCCUCAGCACCCUUCUUGAUCAGUGUCCCUGUCACUUUGGCCCUGGCUGCCGCUGCUGCCACCGCCAACAGUCUCCUGAUCUGAGCCCGGCAUCCCAUGAGGACAUGCCAGCGCACCUGCAGAGGAGCAGGAGGCCGGAGCUGAGCCCGCAGACCCGUUUCUAUUUUGCACACGGGCAGGAGGACCUUCUGCAUUCUUUUCAGACACAAUUUGUAGAGACCCCGGCGGGCCCGGGCCUGCCGCCCCCUAGCCCCACCACACCCCACCGGCCCUCCACCCUCCCUCAGGGGAGGAGGACCACGCAGCUAACCCACCCACCAAAGACCACCUCACCCAGACCCUGCCCCCUUGGGCUGGACCCUCCAAUGCCAGCGACUCCCAGGAGCCCUUGGGGGGCCUGAGGCGAGCCCCUCACAUCCACAAUUUCUCCUCCUGCCCCAGCCUCCUGUCUGUCCCAGGGUCUCUGUUGCCACCAUCAGAUUAUAAGCUCCUGACACUGGGGGGGCCCAGCCAUCCCCCUCCCCCCAGCGCCCAUACUUUUCAGUCCCCCACCUCUGCUCCUGUUUUGUACAACCUCCCCUUCCCCUUCUCCGACCCCACAGUAUUUAAUGCCCUGUCAGUCCCUCCUAGUCUGACUCAAUGGUAACUUGCUGUAUUUGAAUUUUUUAUAGAUGUAUAUACAGGGGUGGGGAGUGGGGGGGUUCUCAUUAAACGUCACCAUUUCAUGAG